AUGGUCGUCCUAGGUGUCAUUCCUAUAUUCACCUUCUAUUUGGGUACCUGGCAAGUGCAGCGUCUGAAAUGGAAGGUCGCCUUGAUCGACGAAUUAGAGGAAAAGCUACAACGUGAGCCCAUACCAUUACCGAAACGAAUAAAUAUCUCGGUGCUUCCAGAGUUCACGUAUCGCAAAGUUCUACUACGGGGCCGGUGGGAUCCCGAACACUCAAUUCUGCUAGGACCUCGCGUACGUGAAGGAGCGACUGGGUAUCACUUGGUGACACCUCUUGUGCGACAAGACGGAACGACAGUUCUGGUCGACAGGGGAUUCGUAUCCAAAGAGUUUGCUGAGCAAGCCAAAGCAGCGCAAGCACAGGAUGGCGAAGUGGAGGUGCUCGGCAUGUUGAGAACCACGCAAGCACGAAACAACUUUACCCCAGAUAAUCAUCCCGAAAGGGGCGAAUGGUAUUGGGCGGAUGUCGAGGCUAUGGCUGAAUACGCAGGCGGAGAACGUGCCAACGUGCAGCCCGUUUUCAUUGAAGAAAUAUUUGAGGGCCAUUCCGGAGACGCUUCCUGGCGACAAGCCCAUGGAGUUCCAAUUGGUCGACCGCCCAUAGUUGACCUGCGGAACUCCCAUCUGUCAUACGUCAUAACCUGGUACUCGUUGUCUGCCUUUACAAGUUUGAUGUUCCUGCGAUUGUUGCUCAAGCACAGGAGGGCACGUGCUAGACUGCCGCGAGUAUAA